AAGUGCGUCAUUGUUGACUACAACGUUGAUCGACAUAAAUGUUUCUAUUAACAAAAUGUUCCAAAAUCUCCAUUUAUAUAUGAAUAUUUCGUCAAUUAAUUAUAACCUCUAAAUCAGUACAAAAUGAACAUUCUUCCUACCAUACUCGUUAUUGCUAACAUACUAUUUUUCUUCUCCAAAAUUUCCUUUGCAAUAAAUACAAUUACACAAUCACAUCCACUUCAUGAUGGAAGCACCUUAGUUUCUAAGGAUGGAAUAUUUGAGUUGGGUUUCUUCAAUCUUGGUGAUUCCACAAACCGCUAUGUUGGAAUUUGGUACAAAAAUAUUCCUGUUAGAAGAGUCGUUUGGGUCGCCAACCGUGACAACCCAAUCAAAGACAAUUCUAGCAAGUUGAUCAUAAGUCGAGAUGGAAACCUCGUGCUUCUAAAUCAAAAUCAAACUCUUGUAUGGUCGACAAACACAACAACAAAGGUUUCAAGUCCAAUUGUUCAACUCUUGGACAGUGGAAAUUUAGUACUUAAAAAUAACGGUGAUGAAAAUAAUUUUUUGUGGCAGAGUUUUGAUUAUCCUUGUGAUACAAUAUUAUCAGGAAUGAAGGUUGGAUGGGACAAAAAAAGAGGUCUUGCUAGGAAUAUUACUGCAUGGAAAAAUUGGGAUGAUCCAUCUUCAGGUGAGUUUGUUUCAGCUAUGAUACUAACUCCUAAUCCUGAAAGUUUUAUGUUGAAAGGCUCAACAAAAUUCUUCAGGACAGGACCAUGGACCGGUUCACGAUCUAGUGGAGUAACUAGUGGAAUAAUUGGAUUUCAACAAAAUCCACUUUUUGAUUAUGAAUUUGUCAACAACGAAGAUGAGGUAUAUUAUAAGUUCACACUAAAAAAUAGUUCUGUGGUUUCUAUAAUUGUUUUUAACCAAACUCUUUCUGUUCGUCAACGACUCGUUUGGAUUCCAGAAUCCAAAAUAUGGAGUGUUUACCAAACCUUACCGCAAGAUAGUUGUGAUGCAUACAAUGUUUGCGGGGCAAAUGGGCAAUGUGCACUUGAUGCAUCGCCCAUGUGCCAGUGUUUAGAUGGAUUUAAGCCGAAAUCACCACAACAAUGGAAUGGAAUGGACUGGAGACAAGGAUGUGUGCGUAAUGGUAAUUGGAGUUGUGGUGUCAAAAAAAGAGACGGGUUUAAAAAAAUUGUUGGGCUGAAAUUGCCGGAUACUACACAUUCUUGGAUCGAUGAGAAAAUGACACUAGAAGAAUGCAAGGCUAAAUGCUUGGGAAAUUGUUCGUGUAGUGCUUACUCGAGUUUAGACUCAUCUGAAACAGGUAGCGGUUGUUCGAUCUGGUUUGGUGAUCUUAUUGAUUUGAGGGUUUUACAAAGAGGAAACAACGUAUAUGUUCGAGUAGAUGCUUCAGAUAUCGGUGAUGAAAAUGCACAUAAGAAAAUGGUAGAAUUGGUGGUAUCAAUUACAGUUCCGGUAGUCAUUGUGAUGUUAUUGGCAUUCACCUACAUUUAUAUAAAAAAGGCAAAAUAUAAAGGGAAAAUAGAGAAAAUGACAAGGUUGGAAAAGAAAGAUGAAGAUACGCAUGAAGAUUUUGAGCUUCCUAUCUAUGAUAUAGCUACAAUACUCAAGGCAACAAAUAACUUCUCUUUCAACAAUAAGCUAGGUGAAGGUGGUUUUGGACCGGUAUAUAAGGGUAUAUUGCUUGAUGGACAAGAAAUUGCUGUCAAAAGACUAUCAAAGAGUUCCGGACAAGGAUCACAAGAGUUUAAAAAUGAAGUUAUAUUAUGUGCUAAACUUCAACAUCGAAAUCUUGUUAAGGUUGUUGGUUGUUGUAUUGAAGGAGAUGAGAAAAUGUUGAUCUAUGAAUACAUGUCGAAUAAUAGUCUCGAUUCAUUUCUUUUAGAUCCAAUACAGAGUAAAUUGUUAGAUUGGUCCGCACGCUUUAACAUUAUUUUUGGAAUAGCUCGAGGGCUUCUUUAUCUUCAUCAAGACUCAAGAUUAAGGAUCAUACACAGAGAUCUGAAAGUGAGUAAUAUUUUACUAGACAAUGAUAUGAAUCCAAAAAUUUCGGAUUUUGGCUUGGCUAGAAUGUGUGGAGGUGAUCAAAUUGAAGGGAGAACAAACAAAAUAGUUGGGACAUACGGUUAUAUGGCUCCAGAAUAUGCCAUUGAUGGACUAUUCUCUAUAAAAUCAGAUGUCUUUAGUUUUGGUGUAUUAUUAUUAGAAAUUAUUAGUGGAAAGAAAAAUAGAGCACGAAACUACCGAGAACAUGAUCAUAAUCUUAUUGGCUAUGCAUGGAGAUUGUGGAAAGAGGGAAUUCCAAUCAAAUUGAUCGAUGAUAACAUAAGAGACUCGUGCAUUGAAUUUGAAGCAAUACGUUGUAUUCAAAUUGGUCUAUUAUGCCUACAACAUCAUCCCGACGAUAGACCAAACAUGACAUCUGUAGUUGUGAUGUUAAAUAGCGAAAAUACUUUAUCUAUACCUAAGGAGCCUGGUUUCUUGAUUAAGUUCUCUGCUGAAGGAGAACCUUCUUCCGGAAAAGAAACAUCUUCAACAAAUGAAAUAACUAUAUCAAUAUUAGAGGCCAGAAUAAAUCAAUGCAAAAUGAACAUUCUUCCAACCAUACUCGUUAUUGCUAACAUACUAUUUUUCUUCUCCAAAAUUUCCUUUGCAAUAGAUACAAUUACACAAUCACUUCCCGAUGGAAGCACCUUAGUUUCUAAGGAUGGAAUAUUUGAGUUGGGUUUCUUCAAUCUUGGUGAUUCCACAAACCGCUAUGUUGGAAUUUGGUACAAAAAUAUACCUGUUAGAAGAGUCGUUUGGGUCGCCAACCGUGACAACCCAAUCAAAGACAAUUCUAGCAAGUUGAUCAUAAGUCGAGAUGGAAACCUCUUGCUUCUAAAUCAAAAUCAAACUCUUCUAUGGGCGACAAACACAACAACAAAGGUUUCAAGUCCAAUUGUUCAACUCUUGGACAGUGGAAAUUUAGUACUUAAAACUAACGGUGAUGAAAAUAAUUUUUUGUGGCAGAGUUUUGAUUAUCCUUGUGAUACAAUAUUAUCGGGAAUGAAGGUUGGAUGGGACAAAAAAAGAGGUCUUGCUAGGAAUAUCACUGCAUGGAAAAAUUGGGAUGAUCCAUCUUCAGGUGAGUUUGCUUCAGCUAUGAUACUAACUCCUAAUCCUGAAAGUUUUAUGUUGAAAGACUCAACAAAAUUCUUCAGGACAGGACCAUGGACCGGUUCACGAUCUAGUGGAAUAAUUGGAUUUCAACAAAAUCCAAUUUAUGAUUAUGAAUUUGUCAACAAUGAAGAUGAGGUAUAUUAUAUGUUUACACUCAAAAAUAGUUAUGUGGUUUCUAUAAUUGUUUUUAACCAAACACUUUCUGUUCGUCAACGACUCGUUUGGAUUCCAGAAUCCAAAAUAUGGAGUGUUUACCAAACCAUACCGCAAGAUAGCUGUGAUGCAUACAAUGUUUGCGGCGCAAAUGGGCAAUGUGCACUUGAUGCAUCGCCCAUGUGCCAGUGUUUAGAUGGAUUUAAGCCGAAAUCACCACAACAAUGGAAUGGAAUGGACUGGAGACAAGGAUGUGUGCGUAAUGGUAAUUGGAGUUGUGGGGUCAAAAAACGAGACGGGUUUAAAAAAAUUGCUGGGCUGAAAUUGCCGGAUACUACACAUUCUUGGAUUGAUGAGAAAAUGACACUAGAAGAAUGCAAGGCUAAAUGCUUGGGAAAUUGUUCGUGUAGUGCUUACUCAAGUUUAGACUCAACUGAAACAGGUAGCGGUUGUUCUAUCUGGUUUGGUGAUCUUAUUGAUUUGAGAGUUUUACAAAGAGGAAACAACGUAUAUGUUCGAGUAGAUGCUUCAAAUAUCGGUGAUGAAAAUGCACAUAAGAAAAUGGUAGAAUUGGUGGUAUCAAUUACAGUUCCGGUAGUCAUUGUGAUGUUAUUGGCAUUCACCUACAUUUAUAUAAAAAAGGCAAAAUAUAAAGGGAAAAUAAAAAAAAUGACAAGGUUGGAAAAGAAAGAUGAAGAUACACAUGAAGAUUUUGAGCUUCCUAUCUAUGAUAUAGCUACAAUACUCAAGGCAACAAAUAACUUCUGUUUCAACAAUAAGCUAGGUGAAGGUGGUUUUGGACCGGUAUAUAAGGGUAUAUUGCUUGAUGGACAAGAAAUUGCUGUCAAAAGACUAUCAAAGAGUUCCGGACAAGGAUCACAAGAGUUUAAAAAUGAAGUUAUAUUAUGUGCUAAACUUCAGCAUCGAAAUCUCGUUAAGGUUGUUGGUUGUUGUAUUGAAGGAGAUGAGAAAAUGUUGAUCUAUGAAUACAUGUCGAAUAAUAGCCUCGAUUCAUUUCUUUUAGAUCCUAUACAAAGUAAAUUGUUAGAUUGGUCCGCACGCUUUAACAUUAUAUUUGGAAUAGCUCGAGGGCUUCUUUAUCUUCAUCAAGACUCAAGAUUAAGGAUCAUACACAGAGAUUUGAAAGUGAGUAAUAUUUUACUAGACAAUGAUAUGAAUCCAAAAAUUUCGGAUUUUGGCUUGGCUAGAAUGUGUGGAGGUGAUCAAAUUGAAGGGAGAACAAACAAAAUAGUUGGCACAUACGGUUAUAUGGCUCCAGAAUAUGCCAUUGAUGGACUAUUCUCUAUAAAAUCAGAUGUCUUUAGUUUUGGUGUAUUAUUAUUAGAAAUUAUUAGUGGAAAGAAAAAUAGAGCACAAAACUACCGAGAACAUGAUCAUAAUCUUAUUGGCUAUGCAUGGAGAUUGUGGAAAGAGGGAAUUCCACUCAAAUUGAUUGAUGAUAAUAUAAGAGACUCGUGCAUUGAAUUUGAAGCAAUACGUUGUAUUCAAAUUGCUCUAUUAUGCUUACAACAUCAUCCCGACGAUAGACCAAACAUGACAUCUGUAGUUGUGAUGUUAAAUAGCGAAAAUACUUUGUCUAUACCUAAGGAGCCUGGUUUCUUGAUUAAAAAGUUCUCUGCUGAAGGACAACCUGCUUCUGCAAAAGAAACAUCUUCAACAAAUGAAAUAACUAUAUCACUAUUAGAGGCCAGAUAGAUAAAUUUGUGUAUGUCUAAUAUUGUUGUAUUAUGCAGUUUUACUUGAAUUAUUGAAUUCAUUAAUUGUUA